AUGUCGAGUUUUCACCGAUCAUCAAGUUCAUCGAAGAAAUUCGGAAGCUGCUUCCCCUCGAAGGAGCUUCUUGAAGAUCUUUGCUGUCGAUUUGUUCUGAAUGGCCCUCAAGAAGAUAAACAAUCAUUCGAGAGGAUCUUGUUUCUUGUGGAGAAGGCUUAUUGGUUCUACGAAGACAAUCUCGUAGAAAACGAUCCAAGGCUAAGGUCUGUGUCUUUAAAAGAUUUUACUUGGCUCUUGUUCAACAGAUGCGAUGUGUUGAGACCUUACGCCGCUAACAUCGACGACAUACUCAAAGACUUUAACUCUUACAAGUCUCGAGUUCCUGUCGUUGGAGCGAUUAUCUUGGACGAGACAUACGAACGGUGCUUGUUGGUCAAAGGAUGGAAGAAAUCAUCAAGCUGGAGCUUUCCACGAGGUAAGAAGAAUAUAAACGAGGAAGAUCAUGCUUGUGCUAUACGCGAGGUCUUGGAGGAAACUGGAUUUGAUGUCUCGAAGCUACUCAAGAAAGAAGAGUAUAUAGAGUUUACGUUUGAAGGACAGCAAAAAGUGAGGCUUUACAUCGUUGCUGGUGUGAAGGAUGAUACGGUUUUUGCACCACUAACAAAGAAGGAAAUCAGUGAAAUCGCAUGGUAUCGGCUUGAUAGUGUAGCUUCUGGUCUCAAGCUGUACAACGUGGUACCUUUUCUUGCAUCGUUGAAGUGUUGGAUAUCAAAGCAUAAGGCUCUUGUAGCGCCGAGACCUGACAAGCCCCUUGAAUCAGUACAAUGCGUGUGGAAAGCAAAGACUAGUACUUGUGGAAGAAACGGGACAACAACAACAACAACAACAACAACAACGAAGGAAAGCUGCAACAGAAACAGUCUCAAAAGACUCAAGUUAGAUCAACACGUCUCAGAUGGACUGAGUAAUGUAAAUUAUGUAAUCGCUUGA